ACUGAGUAUCCUUAUAUAUAAAUUAUAAUAAAUUAUUUAUUUUGUUAAACUUGGGAUUAAAAUUAAUGGAAAAUGAAGAAGUUGUCGAUUCAACACAAAGCUCCGAAACCCAUCCAAACUUACUAAACACCUCGCCUGGAAACAACGUCGAUGAUAAUAAUACAAAAAACUCAGAAAAUUGUAAUAAUAUAGAGAAUAAUACUGAUGUUGAUAAUAAUUGUAAAAAGAGCGUUAGUGAAUCGGAAUGUAAUCAGGAGAAUGAUUCAGCUGAAACUACAGCUUCCGAUGCUCCUGUAGCUAAUCCUUCUGAAAACCCCUUCCAUACAGUUGUUGAGAAUAAUUUAUUCGGCUCACCAUCACCUGUAUAUUAUAAAGAACGUGGAAAUGAGUGUUUCAAAGAUAACAACUAUAACGAGGCGAUAGACUGGUAUACCAAAGCCUUGGAGAGGUUAGAAUUCUCAGAGGAUGAUAAUUUAAGAGCUCAAAUUUUUUGUAACCGAGCAGCAUGCCACCAAGCUCUUGGAGAUUGGGAAUCUUCAAUCUCAGAUUGUAAUGAUGCUCUGGCGUUCAAUGAUUCAUACCCUAAGGCAUAUUUAAGACGGAGCAUGGCAUUUGAAAAGACCAAAUUCUAUCAGAAAUCACACGCUGAUUUAGAAAAGGCACUUCAACUUGAUCCCUCAUUGGAAGAAAAGUAUUUGGUGAAGAAAACUCAGCUUAAGAAACUGGCGGACGCUGAAUUUGAGACUGAGAAGGCUGAGAUGUUAGGGAAAUUGAAGGAUUUGGGGAAUAAUCUCUUAGGGAAAAUCGGCCUUUCACUCGAUAAUUUCAAGGUGCAAAAAAAUCCAGAAACCGGAUCCUACAACAUACAGUAUCAACAAUAAUUCACAUUUUAACAUCAUCAAUUUGAUAAUUCUGUACCCUUAAUUUAAUAAUUGU